AAUUUUUUUUUGCAUUUAUAAAAGAGUAUCGAAAUAAGACGGUCGUGUGAGCGAACGAACAAAAAAGACGCAACAAACAUAAUUGUUGUGAAUAAAUUAACAUAUUUUUUCAACACACACAGCAGAAAACCAGCAAAACUUUUUUAAUUAAAGCUGGUAUAACAACAAAAAACCAAUAAUAAAAUACAGUGCAUUCGAAAAUUAAAACAAAUAAUUAGUUUGCUGAAAUAAAAGUGUGGUUAAUUAAACGUUUCUGGUUAAACAGAAAUCAAAGAGAAAACGCGCAAAUCACCGCAACAAAAAGUGUAGUGCAAAAAAAAAAAGAAUUUUUGUGUGAAAAAUAAAGAAAAACGAAAAAUAGUGAAGAAGCAUUUAAAAAAUAUAUAAAAAGGAAUAAAACAUAAACCAUAAGGAAAGAAAUACAAAAUUGCUAAAAAAAAGUUAAAAUACAAACACUAGAAAAAUAUAAUAUUAACAAUUUCGUAAAGGAUUUUAAAUUUAAGAAAUUCUUAAAGGAUUAAGAUUUUUCAUAAUUCCAAUACAAAAAAAGUUAAUUUAACUUGUUGUAAACCAUAAUUCCUUUUCUUCAUAUAUUGUACCCCUUGGGUCUUUAAUUACCAAACCACUGACGUCAUUUAUAUUGUAAUAUAAAUAUUAUUUCUUAGAAGUUUAGCUACAUUCAAAACAACAAUAUAAUUUAGUUGAAAACUUAAUACAUCACAUUACCAAAAUGAGUAAAAAACCAACAGUUGGACCCGCGUUACACAAAGUGAUAAUGGUUGGUAGUGGUGGUGUCGGUAAAUCGGCCCUAACACUCCAAUUCAUGUAUGAUGAGUUUAUUGAGGAUUAUGAACCAACCAAAGCAGAUAGUUAUAGAAAAAAGGUUGUUUUAGAUGGCGAAGAAGUACAAAUAGAUAUAUUGGACACAGCCGGCCAAGAAGAUUACGCUGCCAUUCGUGAUAAUUAUUUUCGCAGUGGCGAAGGUUUCCUUUGUGUUUUCUCCAUAACAGACGAUGAAAGCUUCCAAGCAACACAAGAAUUCAGGGAACAAAUAUUGCGCGUGAAAAAUGACGAAAGCAUACCAUUCCUGUUGGUUGGUAACAAAUGCGAUUUAAAUGACAGGCGCAGAGUUCCACUGAACGAAUGUCAGACCAGAGCCCAACAAUGGCAGGUGCCAUAUGUGGAAACAUCGGCCAAAACACGUGAAAAUGUCGAUAAGGUAUUUUUUGAUUUGAUGCGCGAAAUAAGAUCACGCAAAACUGAAGAUUCAAAAGCGACCAGUGGGCGAGCUAGAGAUAGAUGCAAGAAACGGAGAUUAAAGUGUACACUUCUUUAGGCAAUAGAUAUUUUACGAUCUUAUCAGGGAUAUUUCAACACGUAAAAAACAAACUGAGGUACGAGAGCCGUCAAAACCCGAAACUCAUUGCUGCCAAUUGCUGUAAUAAAACAUCAUUAUAUAAAUCAUAUUUCUUUUUAUUAUUAUUAUUAUUAUUAUUAAUAAUUUUUUUUAAUUUUAAAUUAAAAUAAACACAAUUUACUAUAUUAUUCUUGAAAAAAAAAUAAAGUUUUUAUUUGCAAUCUUUCCUUUUUGAAAUAAGUUACACUUUUUUUGUAAAAUGUACCAUGUACACCGUGAGAAUAUAUUAUUAUGUGUUUCCAUUAAAGUAAAAUUGACAAGAUUUUUAAUAUAAUUUUUGGUUAUUAUGACAUGAUGAUAAUUUCAAUAAAUGAACUAAAAUAAAACAAAACUAUUAUAAUGAAAUUAAUUUGCAAUAAUUUGUAUGCCUUCUUUUUAUUAUUAUUCUUUUUCAAAUAAUCAAUAUUUGUAUGUUAGAAAUUCUCCUAUUUAUAUGUAUUAAGCUUGUUUUUUUUAUAUAUUUACAUACAUAUAUAAAACUAUAUUUAAACAAUAAACAAACAAAAUUAUUAACAAAAUCAAA